CGAUUCCAUUCCGGGGAAGAGCGCGAACGUGGGCGACACGUCGGAUUGACGACCGGUUGGCAUUUCGGGGAUACUUCGAGUACGCCGCCGCGUACGACAGGAGCGUGAGGGCGCACGGCUCGCGGCGAGGACUUCACGGCGGUCGCAGGAGCUCCCCCGGAAACCGUGGCUCUUCCAGCCUUCUGUUCCUGUCGUUGUCAUCGUCAUUCGCGAUGUAAACACGCACGCGGAGCGCGACAGUGCGUACAACGUUCGCUUCGUCUCGAGGCGGCACAGGCGAGUCACUGCUGUGACUCCUGCGACGUCUCUGUCCCGUUCUCGUCAUCACCGCGUGGUGCACGUCCUCGCGCGCGCGACGACACACGUACGUCACGCAGGAAGUCGUUGGCUUCCCGCGACGGAUCCAUCCGCGCGACGACAUUUAACACGGCGAACUUUCGAACACUUCCGCCGAGCGAUCGAGCUCGACGUUUGACAGCCACGGGGCUACCCCUCGGCGACGGUCGAUUCCUCCUCGACUCGGCCUCGACUCGGAUUUUUUUCCUUCUUUUUUUUUUAUAGCUGGCCGUGUUUUGCAACACCUCGCCGUGGCCGAGAUUCUAGCGCGCGAGCGGGUGACAUCAUACGCUCCGGUUAAAUCACCGUUGUGCUCCGCGCGCGAUGCAUUCCGAGGCCGGAGGAUAGCAGAGUUCGUGUUUUGUACUCGUCUGCGCUUGGUUUUCAUUGUGAAGUUUGUGGUGUAGGUUCAGAGGUCAAGUCGAGGAACAAUGAAUGCCUCAGAACAUGGGUUUAACCCAGCCUUUAACAUGGCCUCCAUAAAGCAGGCUAUCAAUGAGGCUGUGGAAAGAGUCUCGACAGUUAGGAUGCCUGCGCCGACGCGGCUGAGGGAUCUGAUUAGACAAAUACGAGCCUCACGAACGGCAGCGGAAGAGAGGACAGUCGUGAACAAGGAAUGCGCGUACAUUCGCUCAACGUUCAGGGAAGAGGACAGCGUGUGGAGAUGUCGUAACAUCGCCAAACUACUGUAUAUUCAUAUGCUGGGGUAUCCAGCGCAUUUCGGUCAAUUGGAAUGUCUGAAGCUCAUCGCUUCGCCUAGAUUCACUGACAAACGAAUCGGUUAUUUAGGGGCUAUGCUGUUGCUGGAUGAGCGGCAAGACGUACAUCUCCUAAUCACGAACUGUCUAAAAAAUGACUUGAAUAGUUCGACGCAGUUCGUCAUUGGUCUAGCGUUGUGUACUCUCGGUGCGAUUGCGUCGCCGGAAAUGGCGAGGGACUUGGCGUCCGAAGUGGAGAGACUGAUGAAGUCGCCGAACGCGUAUAUUCGAAAGAAAGCGGCGCUCUGCGCCUUUCGGAUCAUCAGACGCGUGCCGGAGUUGAUGGAAAUGUUUUUACCGGCCACCCGUAGCCUGAUCACCGAGAAGAAUCACGGGGUCCUCAUCACCGGCGUCACCCUCAUCACGGAGAUGUGCGAGAAUAGUGUUGAUACUCUGAAUCACUUUAAAAAGGAAUGCGGCCAUCGUGAGAUUGUGCCAAAUCUCGUAAGAAUCUUGAAGAACCUGAUCUUAGCCGGAUAUUCGCCCGAGCACGAUGUAUCUGGCGUAUCGGAUCCGUUUCUUCAGGUGAAGAUACUGCGUCUCUUACGCAUUCUGGGACGCAACGACGUUGAAGCGUCUGAAGCCAUGAACGAUAUUCUUGCUCAAGUCGCCACCAACACGGAAACCAGCAAAAACGUUGGUAACACGAUACUCUACGAGACUGUUCUAUCGAUUAUGGACAUCAAGUCGGAAAGUGGACUUCGGGUUUUGGCAGUCAACAUACUGGGCAGAUUUUUAUUGAAUAACGACAAGAAUAUCAGAUACGUAGCCUUGAACACAUUAUUGAAGACGGUCUAUGUGGACACGAGCGCGGUGCAGAGGCAUCGAUCGACAAUUCUGGAAUGCUUGAAAGACCCAGACGUAUCGAUCAGGAGGCGCGCGAUGGAGCUGAGCUUUGCGCUCGUGAAUUCAAACAAUAUCAGAAACAUGAUGAAGGAGUUGCUCUUGUUCUUAGAACGUGCCGAUCCGGAAUUUAAGGCUCAAUGCAGCAGCAACAUUGUGAUGUCUGCGGAGAGAUUCGCUCCGAACAAACGCUGGCAUCUCGAGACGCUCUUCAAAGUGCUUGUUGCGGCUGGUAAUUACGUGCGAGAUGACGUGGUGGCGUGCACGAUACAAUUAAUUUCGGAGACGCAGACACAGCAAGGCUUCGCUGUUAGUGCUUUAUGGCACGCGUUAGAAAAGGACACGUCCGAUAAACAGCCUUUGGCGCAAGUUGCCACGUGGUGUAUCGGCGAGUAUGGCGAUCUUUUGUUGUACAGUCCACCAUCGGAAGAUGCCGAGACUCCAAUCAAUUUGACAGAGGACGAAAUCAUCGACGUAUAUCAGAGGUUACUUUGGAAUCCACAGAACACUGUGGUUACAAAACAGUAUACUUUAUUGUCUCUCACGAAAUUGAGCACGAGGUUCCAGAAAGGUCAUGAGAAAAUUCGUCAGAUCAUAGAUACGUUUGGUAGCAAUUUGCAUAUCGAAUUACAGCAGAGAGGUAUUGAAUUUUCGCAGCUGUUUCGAAAGUACGAUCAUUUGCGGCCCGCGUUGCUCGAGAGAAUGCCGCCCAUGGAAACCGCGCGACCACAGGCCAAUGGUAUUAUAGGCAUGGUAAACGGAGAGCCAGAACCAGAAGAUGAGAAAUCUACGAUUCUGGAACAAACCACGACUACAUCCGAUUCAAGUGCACUUUUAGAUUUACUUGGAACUACGGAUGUAGGAAUGACGAUGCCUACAGCGAUGACCAACAAAAAUUCUUCACCGAGCUCGACCGCGGUACCGCAUAACAAUGAUCUAUUAGAUUUACUCGGAAGUUUGGAUUUGAAUACGCCUGCGCCUGUUACUCCCACGCUACCACUUCAACCGCAGGCGUCGUCCGCAACAAUGUUCAGUCCCACCAGCAAUAGUAACUUCUUAGUAGAUGGAUUGCUCAGUACUCCGUCGGUGCAAAAUGAAUUACCAAGCAUAGUGGUCUUGGACAAAUCGGGGCUCAAAAUAACGUUCAAAUUGGAGAGACCACCUGAUAUUCCCGAUUUGUUAGUCAUAAAUAUGCUAGCUCAAAAUUCUGGAAGCACCAUUUUAACCGAUUUUCUGUUUCAAGCAGCAGUUCCUAGAACAUUCCAGCUACAAAUGUUGUCACCGUCGGGUACUGUUAUUCCGCCAUCUGGUCAAGUAACUCAAGUAUUGAGAGUGACAAAUCUGAAUAGAUCGUCAUUAAGAAUGAGACUGCGUAUAUCGUAUACGGGCCCAACUGGAUCAAUUCUGGAACAAACGGAAGUCAAUAACUUUCCCGUUUUGACAUCGCAGUGACAAGAUAUAAUACAAAAUACAUUUGUACAUAUGCCUGCCUAAAAUUAAUUAAUCCAGUCUUGAAAGCAAGGACUGAAAGGAUGGAGAAACAUGCAAUUUGGUUUCUGUCAGAACAGUGAAACAUACAACUUGGCAAAUGGAUCUAUCUAAUACACACAGACGUUUGUAUUAAUUAAGCAAUUAAAUUCUUAUAUGCGCGGCACCGACAAGGCAUGACCUAAAACUUUAUAAGGGAGACUUUCUGGAUAUGUCAAAAGGUAUGACAAUUUAAUUUCGCGCGCGAUUUGUUCAGUAUAGUCCGAGAAUUCUCAUUCGCAAUGAAGAUAUUGAUUCUCUUCAGUGCGUGUAUCAAUGCUGUCGCGAGUAAUGUGAUAUUAAUGUCGCGGUCUUUCAAAAAUUACGUUUUUGUAUUAUUACUAUUGUCAAUCGUUCUCGCGUAGCUCGGUUACGAUGAGAGAGAGAGAGAAAGAGAGAGAGAGAGUGUGCAAGUGCUUCGUUCUCGCAAUGUGCCACACGCGUUGUGGAAAGGAAAGAAAGAGAGAAGAAAGAUGUAAAUAUUUUUUCUAACCGAAACACGCGGAGGGUGUUAAGGAGAUGUCGUAUUCUUCGAUUGGUUGCAUUCCCGCUGUUUUACGGCUACUAAUUUCUCACGUAGGCUAUAUGAGAUAGAGAAAAUAAAGAGAUAGAAAAAGAGAGACAAGAAUAAGAGAGAAGACAACAGAAACACAUCAAACGCCUCACACAUGCCACUUGAGAACAACAAAACAUGAGAAAACUCGAGGAGGAAUCGGAGGGAGGUUUCCGUCACCGAAAGUGCUCUGUCGCUGCCCCAAAAAAGUCUAUCUACGAGAAGGCGCUUAACUUUCACUGUAAUAAAAAAAAAUAUACGAUCUUUUCUACCACUGUAUUUGUAAGAUAUCGCGAACGACUCGUGAAUGUUCGUCUUGUAAAUAUUAGAUAAUCACAGUAUGACGUACAGAGGCGAGGAAAUCCUUACGCGAUAGGAGAAAUAGAAAAAAAGGCACACGCGAGAUGAACUCUUUAUAUGUGUACAUGAUAGAUCUGUUGAUUCAAUAAUGCGAUAGUAUUCACAUUUCCUUCUUCGAAAGAUAUCAUUUUUGGGGGGGGAAGAUGUACAUGCAGACACAAAACACACACCUCCACACACACACACACACACACGCACACACACACACGCACACACACACACACACACACACACGAUGCCUACAGUGCAUGAGUGUGUUGCGUGCAUAGCGCGAGUACAUACAGUUUCGAAUUCGUAUUCAGAAUACAGAAUAAUAUUGGAGGGCUGAGUUCUGAUUGUCAUGUUAUAUGUCGCGCGUAUGUAUGCAUGUUAAACCUCGCAUGUGCGAUAAAUAUCCGGGGUUCUGUUAGCAGUUUAAUUAGACUUCUCCAUUACGUCUGAAUGACAUUAAUUCAUAUGAAACAUCAACAUUUCGCUAAGAUUUUAUUAAAUCGAAGAGUGUUUUACAAAAACCAAACAAAUCCAAAAAACAAUCCGGACACAUGAUAUCAAAACAAAGUCAUAGGCUUGAUUAAUUUUGAUUGAGAAUUUACAAGAAAAAAAUAAACUUCUGGAAUUGUUUUGAUUCUUGUGGGAAGUUUAUAUUAAUUUUAUACAUAUAUUUUAUUUAUUGCCUAUUUUUUAUUCUCUAUCUUACAUUUAUCUUUUUUUAUAAUAUUAAUAAGAUGAAGAAGAAAAUAUUUAAAAUAAUAUUAUUUAAUACACAACAAUAAUUUUUUCAAUGGAUUAGUUUCUUGUAAAAUAGCACAUAUUAAACUCAUUUCCUGUUCGAUUCUUGUCGGAACAAAAUUAUUUACAAUGUAACGCUAUCAACCGAAAAUUUAGCGCUAUAAGAUUUUUGUAAAAAUGGAUUUGUUUGGUUUUUGUGAAACAUUCUUCAAUUGAUUCUAAUGCGAAUUAUGAUGUAGCGAAAUUAUAACUUCGAUAUCUUGUGACUGCGAAUUUGUCCUAUGAAAGUAAGAAUGUAAAAUUCAUGUUUUAACAUUGAUUUUAUAUCCGCGAACUGUGAUCGAAUGUCGUCCAGUUCAAUCAUUGUUUUCAUGAAAGUCACAGUAUAAGGAUAACUAUGUAUGUAUAUGUCGACAAUAGUCUAUCUUCUAAGUUGCAGUAAACACUAACAUACAAUUAACAGCAAAAUAAUGAUGUACAUGGUUUUUGCUAUCUAAUUUUGGGAUUCUAAUUUUACUGUUUACUACUCAAUUCGAGUUAUUUACAGUGUCAGAGAUAUCACUUUGUACAUAUAUGUCGAAUAGUGAAGAGAGAAAGAAAUGUACGGAAAAAAACUCGCUCAUCUAACGUUUUUAACGUUUUUAUAUACUUUGUUGUAAAAUCGUUUCUUAACGAUUUUAUACUUUGUUGAAUUUUCACACCUGUCGACGACGAGCAACAAAUGUAAGUCCUAUAAUAAGUAUACAAGUUAGGAACAAAUGAUAAACUGAGAGCAAAAGAAUAUCGGUAAAAUCAGGUUUCCAGAUAUAUCUAUUUUCUCUCAAGACUUUUCUACGAAUUAAGUUAUAAAACACGCUGUUGUACUUAAUUAUUUAAUUUGUUCUGAUGUGGCGUCAUAGUGUGCGAUGUAGAUGUAGAUGUAUGUACAUACCAUAUAUAGAAUUCAUCUGUCAAAAGACGCCGCUUCGGCACGUUUCUUUCAAUCGUACGUUUCCUUCUCUAAUUUCUAACCGAGAUAUCUUACAUAUAACUUCUCAAUUAGGUUUUUACGAUUGAUUGAGUAUAUAACUGUAUGCAUUUUAGCUCCGUCCCUUAUAUGUGUUGUGCAAGAGACGAGUGCGCGCGCGAGGUAUAGGAAAUAUAUAAAAUAGAACAGGUAGGUGUGCGUUUUCUGAGUGGCCUUGUCCUUAAAGUCUGUGACACAGCGCGUCAGCCCUUCAGUGGAGGGUAUUGCUCUGCCUACUUGUUCUGAAUAUUACAUAUUAGUUUUAUAAACAUACCUAUAAAUAUAUAAAUACAUACACGAGGAUAUUGAUUAAUGAUAAAAAUGCUGUAUAUAUACUUUCUAGCGAAUCAAGGUGUGAAAAUAAAAUGUAUUUUUAUUCCA